AUGCAUAACCCUUGGAGAUAUCUCAAUGCCGACAUCCGUUGCGUUUUUACUAAUUUGUAUGACGUCAUAUUUAACUUCGUUAUCCGGAAUUCUAUUCUCGCAAUUCGCUUCGAUGUCGUCCCGAAUCCAGAAACACCAAGGAAGGAAGUCGAUCUGCUAUAUUGGAGGAACUGGAUCUGUGUGUCAGCACAGUUUACGCGAUUCGUCUUCACUCUACCGGUUGUCGUAUUAUAUCCUCUUAUGAUGCUAAAAUCUCUUGAAUCCGAAUUUGUUCGUAGACCUAUACCGUCUACAAGAAACAAGUACCCUGAUGAGAAAUGGUUUUUUAUUAACGGAAUAGCAGGGGAAAAGGAAUGGUUGGAACAAAACUGUAGGUAUCUAGAAGAUCGUUUUCAGACUGAAGUCACGGGGAUCUUUAAUAAAAGUUACGGUCUUCUCUGGGAUUUGGUGGAGAGCAUCCUUCAGAGAAGCUUCGAGAUUCUAACUAUCUCGGUACGUUUAGCUACUAUUAACAUUCUUCCAGCACUCAGAGACAAAAAUAUCAAAACUGUUCGGUUAAUUGCACAUUCUCAAGGGUCCAUCAUAACAAGUGUACUCAUAAAGAAGCUAUAUUUGGAAUUGAGCUAUACAAAUCAACAGGAUUAUCUUGGAAAACUCGAAAUAUAUACAUUCUCAAACGGGUCCAGAGAGUUCAAGAAUCCUGGGGGUCUGAUUAGGUACAUCGAACAUUAUGCAAAUUCGAAAGAUCCAGUCGCAAAAUUAGGUGUUCUUAAUCCGGCUCUAGCUAAAAAUUUCCAAGGCAACAUUUUUGUUAACCAAAGAUCCGGUCAUUUGUUCAACACAUAUUACAGUCUCCAUUCUUCUAGUUAUGCUCCUUACGGAUCUUCUGAUGUUUAG